CCGGUAUCAUGGCGGCUCCCGUAGACGGGAAGAGACAAGCGUUCGGAAGCCGGCUCCUGAGCGACCCGGCGAAUGUCUUCCGCCACAAUGCUUGGGACAACGUGGAGUGGUCGGAAGAGCAGGCCGCGGCGGCGGAGAAGAAAGUGCAGGAGAACAGCACCCAGCGCGUGUGCCCGGAGAGACAAGUUGAUUAUGAGGUCAAUGCUCAUAAGUACUGGAAUGACUUCUACAAAAUUCAUGAGAAUGGAUUUUUCAAAGAUAGACACUGGCUAUUUACCGAAUUCCCUGAAUUGGCGCCUAGACAAAAUGAAAAUUACCUGAAGGAUUUGCACUUGGAGAACAAGAGGAAUGAAGUUCCUGAGUGUAGAAGCAGUGACAGCGGGCCUGAUUUAACAAUAAAAGAACAACACAAGUGUCCUACCAGCCUUGGACAUAAAAUACAGAAGCCUCCUGUGGAAGAGGAUGUAACUCAGAAACUCAGUCAUCUGAUGGUUUGUACUGAUGACUUUCCUGGAUCCUCAGCCACCUACCGAAUACUUGAGGUUGGUUGUGGUGUGGGAAACACAGUCUUUCCAAUCUUACAAACUAACAGUGACCCAGGACUCUUUGUUUACUGUUGUGAUUUUUCAUCAACAGCUAUAGAACUGGUCCAGACAAAUUCAGAAUAUGACCCUUCCCGCUGUUUUGCCUUUGUUCACGAUCUGUGUGAUGAAGAUCAGCACUACCCAAUGCCUAAAGAAAGUCUUGAUGUCAUCGUUCUGAUAUUUGUUCUUUCAGCAAUUGUUCCAGACAAGAUGCAAAAAGCUAUCAGUAGACUGAGCAAACUUCUAAAGCCUGGAGGGAUGAUGCUUCUGCGAGAUUAUGGUCGCUAUGACAUGGCUCAGCUCCGAUUUAAAAAAGGUCAGUGUCUGUCUGGAAAUUUCUAUGUGAGAGGUGAUGGCACCAGAGUUUACUUCUUCACACAGGAUGAGCUAGAUGCACUUUUCACUACAGCGGGACUAGAAAAGGUACAAAACCUGGUGGAUCGCCGACUACAAGUGAACCGAGGGAAACAGCUGACAAUGUACCGGGUCUGGAUCCAGUGCAAAUACUGCAAGCCACUGGUGCCUGCCACCAGCUGACCAGCACCCGCUCCUGACAUGACACCAGCUAAGUACAUUCAGGGGUUUUUUAAGAAGAGCUUCCAUAAAACAGCAGGCCCUUGAUGUUGAACAGUUUAAGAAUUCAAGCAUCCUAAGACUUCAGAAUACAUAAUUUGUAUUUUUUAUUUGUGAAGUUUAUUAAUAUAUACUUUUCUGAACUUC